CGAGGACAAGGACAUUACCAAAACCUGCCAUCUUUACUGUCAGCACUUGGGCAAAUAUUUCAAGAAGAAUUUCAUUAAAUCUUGAUUUGUACACUCGCUUUCAUAUUUACACUCUCUCGUGUUGCGACAGUUACAUGUGGCUGUUGUUGUUUGCCGAGAAAAGGCGAGCGUUUUACCGCGGGAAUUUGGCUGGAAAAGAGCUUGUUGCCAGAGUGUUGACCAAAGCCGGGGAAAACAAACUGAUCAGGUUUCAUCCGACGCUGUGAUCACAUGCAGGGUUGCGAGUUUCCCUUGUCAACACCAACUAUAUACGUCGCGACCGGCUCGAAUAUAAACGAUAUAAUACCUUGCCUCGGAUAGUUUCACUGCAUCACGACCACUACGGCGAAUCUAGCACCGUCUGUUUCCAUUGCCCUACAGGAACGACACACAUUCUUCAGUCAGACGCCACCAAACCUCGUGGAAUUCUAGGGUUGAACGAGUCGAGAGAUCACCCCAACAGUAUCGCCGUCAUUCUCAACAACAGGCAUGAAUACGACAGCGAUGAAUCUCAGUACGCCAUCUGGCUAUGACACCAUGAACAACCCAGAUGGUUUUACAACGGGUGGCAUUAUGAAAGCAUUUUCUUUGGCGAUCUUGAUUUUCGCCUCCAUCAUCGGCAAUCUUGUCGUGUCCGUCAGCUUCAUGAUGUUCAGGAAUCUUCGAUCCAUGACGAAUUACUUUCUGGUCAGCCUAAGCGUCUCGGAUAUUCUCGUUGCAAUCCUGGUUAUACCUUUCUAUCUGGUAUACCAACUGUACCAGCCACGUCAGUUCUUUACGCCGGACAGGAUGGCGCUUCUAAAUUUCUGGAAGAUCAUGGAUUUCUUCCUCUGCCUGACAAGCGUGUGCACGUUGACUGCGAUUUCUGUGGAAAGAAACCUCGCGAUAUCUCAACCGUUUUAUUACACGAAGUUGAUAUCUCCGAUUCGCGUCUACGUGACCAUAGCCUUUCUCUGGAUGUUCGCCAUGACUGUCUCCGUUACAACCCGGCUCGAUCCUUUUGGAGAAAAAAGCAAUUUGAGUGUAUUCAUAGUGGUCACCGGGUACAUCUUGCCUCUGAUGAUUAUCCUGGUGAUGUAUGCACAAAUCUGGCUCGUUGCUCGUCGUCAAGCGAGGCGCCUACGUCAGGACGGGGCCCUAGCAACCGACUUCAAGGCAAUCAAGACGAUCGCGAUUGUCAUUGGAACUUUCUUCUUGUGUUACACACCGAAUAUGGUUCUUGUUAUCUGGUUUCAUUUUUCUCUGAAGCCGGCUCCAUCGCCCUAUUUUGUCACGACGGGAAAAUGGCUGAUUUACUUAAACAGUUGCGUUAAUCCUAUCAUAUAUUCGUGUUUUAACAAGACAUAUCGGAGAGGCUUUAAAAGACUCUUUCAAACGAUCCUGGCGAAACUGCGCGAGCUUCGAACGCGGGCAGGCGAUGAGCGUGCGCGCAAGAUGAGACAAAGUCGGCUGUCGCUGAACAUCACGAUGCGAAGUAGCGCGGGCUCGCUGCUAGAUGGUUCAAAACUGGUCACGGCGAGUUGUCAUCAACGGGACUCCCUCCAGUCGCGUGCAUCCACGCAGUCGUUCUCACUGAAUGCGGCAAACAGCGUGGACGUCUGUAACAACGAGCACAUCGCUAUUAAAACGUUCACCAACGGCGUGGGACACGCCAGCGAGCCUGUACGACCAGCGGAAAGCGCAGUCGAGAAUACACGGCAAUAAACCACCACGUCCUUUUGGUCGAGCAAUUACGACGCAACGCUCUCCCUUAGUUGCAGCAGACGCAUUGUUACGUUGUUAUGUUUUUUGGCUCUGGCAAGUUUGAAAUCCAAAACACACAAAGUCUGCAUGCACAAAAUGGACUGUCGUAUUUCGAGACCUGCCAUUUUCAAGUUGAUUUGAUGCCUAAACUCGCAAGAAAUGCGUGGGCAGCAGCAAGAUAUGGAUCAAACAUGCAGUCUAAAUUGUAUCCAUUAUAUGUAGUAGCGAUUUGGAACGAGAAGAUUUAGCAAGAACUUAGAACUUGAAUGCAGAACAUUAAAGCCCGUCAUCCACUAAGCGAAGAAUUUAUUCGCGCGACGCAAAGCGAUGUCUGAGAUCCGGUGAUGUGAUUGGUUUGCGAAAAAAAUUCGCCACGAAAAAGUAGAAACGCUUCCUAUUUUUUAUAUCUGUUCGCGCGAAUAAAUUCGCCUAGUGGAAAACGGGCUUAACAUAUUGUGAAUAUAUAGAUGUUGAGAUAUUGUGAAAAUGAAUCCGGUGUUGAUAUUUUUUACCAAAACAUCUCCUGAAGAUGAAAAAAACGGAAACGACUUUAUCGUUGGACAAAGACACGAGUCAUCAUCAACAUGGCUUUCGCUAAUCCCUUCGCUUUAAAUUUUCGCUCAAAUUAUGUAUAAACAUGUUUUUCCUGAGCAUUUGUAUCAUUAGUGAUGGCAGUUUGUUGCGAAUUUCAUUCCCGGAGCCGGUUGUAUGACACUUUCAACUACAUUUUGCGUAGUUAAGUCGUAUGUAACUUAGAAUUUCACGAUUGGUCAAUUUUGUCAUUAACUGAUAAACAAAAAAUCUGGGGCCGGAUAUACGAAGGCUGGAUAGCGCUAUCCACCGGAUAGUGAUUUUCUCAAUCGCUUUAAAAUCGUUGUUGUCGGGUAUAACUUUGGUUAAAUCUUAGUGUUUUUAAAUUCUCUUUAACAAGUGUUGGCUCCAAAGUUGUAAUUUUAUUGCUUUUCAAGCAAGCUGUCCGGCUUUCAUACAACCUACCCCAGCCCCAGGUGUAUAACCUUCACCAUACCAUCGCCCCGUCAGCCCGUCUUAUCGGUGAGAUAUCUAUGCACAUAGAUUAUAUACCAAGUACAAAUCUCAGGUAUAGAACUUUAUCAUGCAGGAAUGUACUUCCUUCCUAGCUAUAUUUCGACAGGAAUCAUCAAUGCAUGACUGCAAAGCCAAUUUAUCUGUAUAGUGCUGCUUUUGACUCAGUCUAAUCUAUUUUCACUCUUU